GUGCUCGUCCCUCCCUCUGUCCUGUUUCCUUUUAGUCCGCUGUGUGCCGUUACGGGAGGGGCGUGUGGCAGAGGGACCCUUUAUCCUCUGAUCCCGGAGGACACCCCGCGCCUGUCUCCCUGCCGCUCCUCUGUCCCGUGUAGGGAGGGUGUCACCAGCUCUGUGGCAGAGGUGAUGUUCCCUAGGCAGGGGGGACAGCUUCCUCUCAGUGCUGGCUGGGUGAGGGGCUCCCUCUGUGUGUCAGGAGCGCUGUGUGGGCAGGUAGUGCCUUCUCGGGGGCUUGGGCUUGGACGUGGUGCUCUGAGGAAGGUGUUGAUAGCAAACGUUGGAAGACUUUUUCUUUUGUUUGCCGUCCAGUGCUGUCCCUAGACCUGCUACUGGUUUAUCUUCUGUCAUGGCAGGAUGUGAUGUUCUUGUGCUGCCCGUUUGGUAUCUUCGGCAUCUUAUUUAAUCACUGGAACAGGCUUGAAUUUCCUUAUCUCACAACCUUCUCUUCCCGCAAGUGAUUCCUUCCUCACCCUGAAGUAUAAUUGUAUUUUAAUAGUUGUGUUGUGUACAUGCCACCAAAUGUGAGGUGUUUCCUCACUUGAAAGCAAGAGGCGUUCUCGUUGCCUGGAUUAGGGGCAAUUAGCAGACAUGGGGACAGAGUUCGGGCUGUGACAGGCAAGAAGUCGAUCCAGCAGCUGAGGCGAUGCUGAGACCUCAGGGACAUCUGACGGUUGCUUUGUCUGUAGCAGGAAUGACUGACCUGUGGAGCAGUUUUUGACAGCCACAGUUUGUGGCCUAAUAUAUUCAAGUUUUGGAUGCAGUCUGAAUCCAAGAAAUAUGAAGAAGAGAUGCCUUCUCUGCACUGGGGGAUAGAUCCUGUAUUUUCUGCAUUUGCAAGACUCUAUAUUAAAGAUAUUACAGAAAUGAGAGAAUCUAAACAGGUGCCAGGUAUAUUCUUUUAUAAUGGACAUCCAGUAAGACAGGUGGAUGUUGUUGGGAUAGUGGUUCAAACGAAGGAGCGAGAGGCCUUUUAUAAUUAUGGAGUGGAUGAUAGUACUGGAGUUAUAAAUUGUGUCUGCUGGAAAAAUCCCAUGGUAGCAGAAACACCUUUAUCAGGUCAUCCAAGCACACCCAGCAGUCUCACUGUGUUUGAACAGAUGAAGAAACUUCAAGAAAUAGUGAGCCAGAAAACCAAGCUGGAGAUUGGGGAUGUUGUCAGGGUCAGAGGUCACAUCCGAACCUAUAGGCAGCAAAGAGAAAUUCAGGCUUCAUGUUUUUAUAAAGUGGAUGAUCCUGUGUGUGAUGUCCAGAUUUCAAGAAUGCUGGAGCUCCCCUGUCUCUAUAGAGAAGUUUAUGACAAACCUUUCAAGGGCCCUGAAGAAAUACAGAGUGGCCUGGAGGGUCAGAGUUUCUCAAUCCAUAUGCUGCAUGAGAAAGUGCAAGGCUUUCUAUUAGAAAACAAAAUUCAGACCUUUUACCAGCAGGAGCUGGAGACUGUUGAUUCUCUGGUGUCUCUGGCUGGUGUGCAUCUACCCAGCCCCAGCUGUGAGGAGGUGAAGUCAGAAAGUAACUCCAGUUCCAAAAGGAUUCACAGUGUUUUUAAGGAAGCAAUAAAGAUGCUACAAGAAAAAGGAGUGGUUUUCCAGAAACGUAGUAGCUCCAAGGACUUAUACCAUGUGACUGACCAUGAUAAGGAGCUGUUUAAAGUGACCCUUGAUGUGAUUAAAGAAGACUGUCGAAAACCCAGGCAUGCUGAAAAAGGCUGCCAUUUCCUUCAUGUCCUGAGUUGUGUUCGGCAGAGCUACAACCCCUCUCUGGAUGAAGUGGUGAUGCACCGUGUCUUGGAACUACUGGAGAGUAACAGUGAUGUUAUCAGCACUAUGGAAGGGUAUUUUAUGGUAUUUUAAAGAGAAAAGAUAACAAGGAGAGGUUGAGAGACUGUGAGAAGCUGUCAUUAGCUGGUAUGAUCUAGAUGGGGAUAAAAAGAGCCUUCUGAUUCUCCAGAUGCUGGUUUUGUCCAGCUUCAGAGAAGUUGUUCAAAUACUUGUUUUAAUAUUCUUGCUGACUUCCUUGCUAUUCCUAGUGAAAGGUAUCAGACUGAUUCUGGACAUUCUCAUCUAGCAGGGGAACUGAAAAAGAAACUGGGCUCUUUUCUUGGAGUAGGAUGAGGUAUUGGCCAUCCUCACAUCUGCAUCCAGUGGGCCUAAAGAAAAGUCACUGCUCAAGAUCACUGUUUACAGCAGUGGUCAUCUCAGGAGAUUUUUUUUGGCUUAAAGACUGAUCUUGCACGCUUUCAUGUGGUAACAGCUGUGGAUCUUUCUUUUUAUGUGAACUUCGUAACACCUAGAGAAAGGACACACAAACAGAAGGAUUUGCCUGUCCUUCCUGGCCAGUGCUGGUGUACCUUUGUCUGUAAAUAUGUACUCCUCAAUCUGGACAGCUUUCCCACUACUAAAGCAGUCCUCACCUUUGUCCAUAAAGUAGUAUUCAGGAAUGGGGUUCUGCAUCCCUUCCCCAUCCUGCAGCCUUGCCCACUGGUUGCCAAGCAUGUCUGCAUUCCUCUGCAUUCCCAUCUGUGCUACUGAUGCCUGUUGUUGUAGUUUCUCUUCAGACCAGAAUUCUCAAAAUCAGCUACUGUUUUGCUGUUUCAGUUGCUUCCUACAUCACAAAUGGUAAAACAUAAAUUAGAUACUUUGGAAAAGAAAAUACAGAAGCCAUUGAGACCCACUGUAACCUCCUCUGCCUGCUGCCUUUUGUGCCUUUUAUUCUUUGUCACUUUUGUGGUAAAAUACUACCCAUAUCUGUGCUUGCAGAAGAACACAAGACAUAGAUGAAACAACGUUGGCCUAAAGCAGGUUACCAUGCAAGAUGUUUGAUCUGGAAUAAUCACAACUCUGUUAUGUGCAACAGUUAAAAAGCAAAGUUGUUCAAUAUUUAUCCUUAGAGAGAGCUUGCUGCUGCAGAGGCUUGUCUGUUUAAUUAAUCUGUUUAAUUUAUGGUGUGGAGGUGAGACCUUUAACUUGAAAAGCGUACAAAAGAUUGAAUUUAUCCUUCUUUCCUCUGCACCUUCCCUGUAAUAGUUGAAACAGCAGACUCCCAGGAGGCAGCUGUAGUGGUAAAGCCCUAUAAGGAUUGACAUAGCAGGGAAAAAUAAACCAUAUGCAUGAGGAAAGCCAGUGAGUAGCCCCAUGUGUGCCAGCUCUCUGGUUUGUUAUAUUAUCUGCCUCCCUCCAAGCCCUGGCUGCAGUGAGAUAUAGGCUAAGAGAAAGGCAUGACAAAAUAUUUGGCAUUUGCAUUCAGAGGCCUGUGGAAAACUCUGGCCUUAAAGAGGUGGUAAGUUUGUUCGCAGUAGAGAACUAUGUAUGAAUCAUUCAUUUGCUGUGUAUUCCGUACUUGCUGCAGGACUCAAGAGUUGGUUUCCUUACAGAUUUCCCUGCUCCUUACAUUGCUGCUCUGCUCUGAGUCAGGUACCUUCUAGUCAGAUCUUAAUAUGGGCCCUGAACAGGUGCUGAAGGGAUGUACCUGUGCAGAAGGAAACAGAAGAGGAUUAAGGAAGAGUUGUAGAGUGUUCCCCACUCCCUCCCCAUGCCCUGAAUAUCUCUCUCUGUAAAUCAGGGAAAGAAGGCAGAUUCUGAGUGAAGUGAUGCUGAGGGGAAUUGAAGCUUUAAUUUAUGUUUCUGAGAAGAUCUGGUUGGCCACAGGGGAGAUUUGCUUUUUAAAUUCAUGCUCUGAUUAUUGAUCAGUUUGAAGUGAUGCUUAAAAACAAGGGAUGGAAGAAGUAGCUUGGAAUAUUGAUUCCUAAAUUCAAAUUCACUUCAGGAGUUGCCCACAAUCAAGCAGUACAUAUGGUUAAGUUGCUUAUUUGGCACGAGUUUGAGGGUAUUUUAAAGGAAAGUACAAGGUGUUUUCAGACCAUGUGGAAAAGCAUGGCAUCUAAUUCCAGAGACUAGCUUGGCCAUUUUCUUAAAAUCUUCUGUGUCAGCAGAAGCUCAUUUUGCUGGGAAAGGGUUAAAGGAACAGUGCUAGCUCAGUGGGAAAGGUGAUCUCUUCUCUUAAGUCAGAAGAAAGACCCUGGUUCUCCUGAGGAUGACAGCUGAGUGUGUGGGCUGGAUGAGUUCUGGAAGGAAAAGAGAGUUUGGAGAUCAUGUUGCUCUUUAGGAUAUCUCUUUAAAAUUCAUACCAAAAUAGGUUUACAUCUUUGGGCUUUGCAGUUUGUAUAGUUACACAUGCAAAUUCUGUUGCCUCCAACUCCAAGGCUGCACUUCCUGUGUUUUAGAUGUGGUUUUUUGUGUAAAGUUUGCCUAAAAUCCCUGUCCACUGAUUUUCUACGCUUGGAGGUAGAAAGGGCAGACACUUGUAUCUGCAUCAGUCCUGCCCCUGUUGCAUUUCAAAAGCUCUGAACAACUGCAAAGCCUUGGAGAUGAGGUGGAAGGAACUUGUCUCAGGAAACACAGGUAAGUUAUUCUGGAAAGAACCUGUCCUUGGAAGUUUUUAAGUUGAUCCUUGCAGGGAGUGCUCGACUCUUGUGAUGGAGGGUGUGUUCUGAUGGUGUUCGCUCCCUAAGAACAGGAAAAAGGGAUUUUUCUCAGAUGAGCUGUCUCAGGGAAGUAAGAUGAAUAAACACAAGGGAGCCUACAGUUUUUACAAGAGAGAAAGGUUAAGCUAAAGUUAAUGGAGGAGUCUAGAUUUAAGCUACACAGAUUCUGAUUCUGCCUAUCUGUACAGAAUAGUUGUGUCUUAAGCUUGCAUGCUUUAUUUUUUCCACAGUAGCCACCCAGCCCAGGUUAACACUUACUCUGGUUGAGAGCAUUCCCUCCUGCACCUACAGGGAAUACAACAUGCACAUGCACAGCAGUACCCUGAGGAGCUGUGGGAGCACAGAGCUCACUGUUGGCUGAUUUACCCAUUCACUCAGUAUCUCUACAGUGUGCUUCUGUGACAGCAGUCUAGACAUACCCAUGUUGGUAUAAGUCACCUUUAUGUAAGUCUAACUACACACACUAGGGCUUUUACUGCAAAUAAACUGUCUCUCUGUUUAAAGAUCAUAUCCUUAACCAACAGAGUCAUAUCAUGCACACUGUUAAAAUUCUUAGACCACACCUACAAAAUAUUGUGCAGAGCAUUCAGUGAAAGCAUGCUUUCUUGUUUUGUUUAAUUUGAAAACUCGUUAGGCAACACAAUUAUUACUGGUUUAUUAAAGGACUUAGAAGGUAGCACAUUAAUGUAAAACUGCCAAGUGAGAAUUCAUGUUGUAGAACUGCUUCAUGGCCAGUUCCAGUUUCCAUAGCAACAGUUACGGCAGUAAAAGGUAGGUAAGGAAAAUGGAAUUUUUAAAAGCAGUUGGCAUUUCUAUGUUACCUUAAAAAGGUAAGUUUCCACAGAAAUGCAGCACCUGAGAACAAAAAUUACCUAAGAAUCUCAAUAUUCUAUUCUAGCAAAAUGCACAGUGAUUGCUUUUCUGGUGAGGAAACAAAGGAACAGCUUUACUUUUAGUCCCUGCCCUCUGCUUAUGUGAGAGAAGAGAUGAGGUUGCUUCAUGCCUCAGUUUCCCCCUUUUGUAAAUUGGGGAUAAUACAGCUCCCUGCAUAGGGCAUAAGCCUAAUUUUUUUUUGUAAUCCUAAUCAUUAAAAGUUCUAUGGGAGCAAUUAGAGAAGAACUCUGUGGCUAUGUGGGAGAGAGUGAAUGGAUAGAUGCUGGAGUGGGACUUAGGAAAAGUUGCUCUUGUAUUAGUACUAUUAGCUUUAUAUUUUUCUGCCUCUCUUUCCGUGCAUAUUGCCUUGCUUGUCUUGUCGUCUUGCUCUCCAAGGCCUAUGAGGCAAAGACGGUCUCCUUGUUUUUAUUUGUAUCAUAUUUUUCCUGGAAUCCUGUUUCCUCUUACGACUUCUAAGAUGACUUCAUAAAAAUAGAAAUCCAGAUAAUUGAGUUCUGAGUAUUCUUGUUCCAAAAUCUUUGGAUUGUAAAUUUGGACCCAUGAGGGCAUGCAUUUUACACAACCUACCUGGGAAAUGAAGAUCUACUUUCAAAGUAAUAAAUGACAAAGUUAAAUAUUAGCUACAUGACUAGAAGCUGUUACUGUUUUGGGUCUGUGUACACUUGCGGAUUCCAGUGAUGAACACCAUAAAUAGGAGUUGCUAAUUCAUUAUUCAAAGUGGGAAUUCAUCAAUGAGCAGCCAGUGAGGCAUGGAGCCACAUGGAGAAUUACGAGACAAAGUACUGGAAAUCUGUUUGUCAAAGAAAUGCAGUUUGGUUUACUUUGAGAGUAAGCUGAUCCUGUAGGGAAAAGAUGUGCCUAGCAAAGAUUUGUAUCUUUAUACUUACCUUUUAAUGGGAAGGGAGCAAGUUCAGAUCCCAUGGGCACCCUGAAUUUUGAAACUUCCUGUCAGUGCAGCGCUAUGUUCUUUAUUGCUGUCUUUCAGCACAGUCUCCAGUCCUACUGCCCCAACCCUCCAGGCUAGAGCAAAAAAAAAUGUUCAGCCACAAAGAUAAAAGAAUAGUUAUAGUAAUUGGUUACCAUCCUCCAGGAGUCCCAGCAUUACAGCAACAUUUUUGUGGAUCCUUGUGGGCAGCAGGGAAAUGCUGAGCCAGGGAUCUUGGGUUUCAUUCCCAGCAAUAUAGCCUGCCAGGCACAGAGACUUUCCCCCUAAUUUCUUUCAUCUAUUCCUGAACUCCACUGUCCCCUCUGACUCGUUUCUCGGGCCCCUUAUUUCAUUCACAGUACAGAUCCUGUCAAACCCCCUUCUUCUAUUUUGUUCACUUUAUCUUUCCUAACUCAAAUAUCCUUGUCAACAAUUGAAACUUUCAGAAUAAUCCUUGCCUAAGUGACCUGACACUGUUCACAGCCUGUUCUGAUUCCAGCAGGCUGUCCUUUGCUGCCUGUCUAGGCACCAGAAGAGGCAGUUUUCUUCCCGGUGUAGUUUGCAGCAGGAAAGAGCUGCAAUUUCAGAAAAACAACGCUCUUUCCACCCCACCCUCCCAAAGAUUCACUAGCACCCUGAAUAUCCUAGUGAUGUGUUUUUUGCAGGUAUCCAAGUACAAAAUAAAUAAAACUAAAAAAUAAAAGAGUUGUGUCUUGCCCAAACCUGAACAAGCAGAAGUCACGCCCCUGAUAGAAGCUAUCUGCCUCUCCCUGCCACUUUCAUGUCCUUGCAGAUCUCAUUGCAGACAUGAUCUGUAAAGUUGAUGUGGACUUCUUGCAUGUCUACCAGUUAGUGUGUCUCCUUUUAGCCUGUUUUUUUCUGAGAAAGAGUGAUUCUAUUCUGAUAUGAUUAUACUGUGCAUCUGGGCACCUGUCAACCUCUGUCCCACCACCCCAAGUGACUUUGGCUAGUUAAGAGGUGUGAAGGACCCUGAACUGUUAUGGUCUGGCACAUUUUUAGGAAAUGGAUGCACUGAUAGAAGAGGGAAGCCCAAAUCAGUGCCUCCGUAAAAGGGAAGGUAGAAAUUCAUACAACACCAGAGAAACCACACACGGGACAGUCCCAAGGAACCUGUUCCUGUAACUUCAACUGCCACAAGAAGCACUUGUUCUGCAAGUGCUCUUUUAAGAAAUGAUUGGACAGUUUUUCCAGAAGUUUCUUCAUACAGAUUGCCCUAAGACAGUCAUGAUGCCAAACUGCAAAUCCAUUAAAAUCUGGUAAAGCUGCAUUGGGGUACAAAGUUGAGCAACUGAUUGUUAAUGAUGCCACCAGCCCAUUCCCACUAAUAUCUUUUAAAAGUACAAUGGAGGCUAUCCUAAUUUAGUCACAGUAAUCUACAAGUUGAAACCAGCCCAGAUUAACAAGAUUGCCUGAGAAUAACAUAACCAGUGGAAGAAAUAACCUAAAGGAACAAUUUUCAGUAAGUGUUGAACUACAACACUGCAGUGCCAAUUAACCUGGCACAACAUGUCCUACAGCUCUUGUUUUAGCUUGCUUUUUUGUUAUUCACUGGAAGAAUGCACACUCCUUCCCUACCAGCUACAACUGGAGCUCUCUGCCACCUUCACAUCACUCUGCUGGGAACAAGGUAAGAUAAAUAGCAAACGUAUGUCACUGCAUAGCAACCAGCAUGAUUAAAUGCAGUAUGUGCCAAGUCUGUUAUUGGCCUCGAAAGUUCAUGGUUCCUCCCAGGAGUGCCAAAUAUUACAGUGAUAUUUGGAAACAGGAGAGAGGAAUCUAUUCUCUCAGAUGUCUUCCCCAACAAUGGAGUUCUGCAAGUCCUGCAGGCCUAACUGAUACUAACAUGUGCUCUUCUUGGCAAGGUAUGAUGGUGGUACAGAAAUGAAAAGGGUUUUUCUCUUUUUUGGGGUGUUUUGGAGCUGCGUUUUUCUCUUGUUGACAGAAUUGGUCAUUUGCAUUGAGAGUGUAGGGGCUGUCCUUGUGUUCAUGUAAAACUCUUCUUUGCUGUACUGUCCACAAAAAAACCUCUGAGCUGUAACAAGCCAGCUGGUGUUCUGAAGUACUGCCUACACUGCUGACUAAUACUCUCACUGUUUUCUGUCCUCACCUUGUCUUUUUUCCCCCAAUAAAAAUCUCUUGAACUUAA